AAUAAAUAUAGCUUUUAUAUAAAGAUGAGGGAACUCGAGACUUACGACGAAUACAAGGAAUUCUUGGAAGAACAUCCAGACAAGCUUGUCAUUAUUGACUUCCAUGCUGAAUGGUGCGGUCCAUGCAAAAUGAUGGGCCCAAAGUUCGAAAAUCUGGAGGAGGAAGAAAAAUAUGGUGACAAGGUCGUCUAUGCUAAAGUUGAUGUUGACGAGAACGAAGAAACUGCAGAAGAACUUGACAUCGAAGGCAUGCCAACUUUCAUUCUCUAUGUAAAUGGGGAGACUGUCAACCAGAUGGUGGGAGAUGACUUCAAUAAAUUGCUCGGAAUCAUUGAUGAAGAGGUAGCUAAAGUAUAAGUCAGUAAAUGGAUUCAUAGCAAGAUCAAACUAGAGGAAACUCAUUUUAAUUUCUCUAAAGAUUGG